AUGACUCCUGGGAUCUUUGCUAACUCUUGUGCCUUGUCAUUAGAGGUUGGGCAUCCUACCUGCGAGUGUGGCUAUACAGUAAACGCAACGAAUGGAUCGAGUCCCUUCGCUCUCUUCACCGACUUCCUAGAAACCGACUUCUUGCACCUAUACCACCUACCUGACAGCAUCGAUUUACCUGCCUCAGAAGCUGUGGGAUGGGCUGUACAAUCCUACAACGUCUCUCCAUCAGCCGCUAGAGGACCUUACGGCAAAGCAGCUGAGAUCGAUAACGUUGUGUUGAAUCCACUCCCUUCGCGCAAGGACUGGGACGGCAACGGCACGCUAGGCGGCGCUCCAGGGCUGCAAGUCUGGGUCAGAGGUCAACAAGAUAUGCUGGGCCCUGCCGGGGACCAGAUGGUUCGCUCAGGAGAGAUCGACAGUCUGCGUCGAGACAUGCGUUACGGGAGCUUCAGAGUUGGCAUGAAGAUGAGUGAUGUUGCAGGCACCUGUGCUGCCUUCUUUUGGUAUCGCAACGACUCGCAAGAGAUUGACAUGGAAUACCUGAGCCGUCAAGCCAUCAAAGAUAAUAACAACAGCUCAUACCCAAUCAAUCUCGUCAUACAGUCGCCUGCCUCUGCGGACGCAAACUACAACGCCAUCAACACUAGCACCUUCCGCGUCCAACAAUUGCCAUUCCAGCCUAGUGCUAGUUACCACGAAUACCGAUUUGACUGGACACCAGAGCGAAUCGUCUUCUUCGCCGACGGCAAUCUCCUUCAAGAGUUCGAGAACACGUUUGAUGGCGAUGCACCUGACGCUCCCGGAGCUUUGAUGCUCAAUCACUGGUCUACGGGCAAUCCCGGUUGGAGUGGAGGACCGCCAGCUCAAGACGCUGUUCUGACGCUCAGCUACGUUAAAGCUUACUUCAACUCGAGCAAUACAACACGAGAAACCGAGUGGAAUGGUGCCUGUGCAGGGAGUUGGCAUGAACGAACAUGUCAGAUACCAGAAUUUCCUGCUCAAGGAAUUGACCCUCAACAUACAGGACUUGAUGACGCGGGAAAGACCCAAUUCUUCAUGUAUGACAAGUACGAGAAUGUCAACCAAACGACGUACCCGGCUGCCAUAGGAGGAAGACCAAGUUCAAGUGGUACAUCUUUGACACUACAUACGCCUACGAUAUGGACGAUACUGGGUUGGUCUGCUUUGUUCUCUGUGUUCCUGCUUGGUGGUUGA